GCCCAGACAGGUGGCAGGAGCCAGGGCAGGGGACCUCUGCACAUGCGCUGCCUCCCCGGGUCUUCCCUGUGCGCGGGAGGGGGGAGCUGCUGCUGCUGCAGACCACGGCGGCUCUGCUGCUGUCUCUGAUGCUGCUGCUGUCACAAGUGCUGCUGGUGCACUGUACCCUCCGCCGCCGCCGCUCUCCGUCACCGCCCGGACCCGGCUGCUGCUGAUGCUCCGCAAGGUAUCCAUAGACACAGAGUAAGAACAGAAUGUUCAAGUGAAAAGUAUUGGAGCAGGAGGUUGAUGUUAUGUGGAUGUGCAACUCUUAAGAUCCCCACUAGGAGUUUGACAAAUGAUAAGAGCCCAGAUCUACCGAAAAAGAAAGCUUAUCUGCAAGAAUAGACAACACUGUCCAUUUUUCUAUUAAGCUGAUGAAAUAUAAAGCAGGUGUAAUAUAGGAACACUUUACACGUAUGGGAUUCGAUACAGACCAUUACAUUACUCUGUUUCCUCUAUGAUGUUAAAGUUCAUUAUGUGGAAUACAGUACAUAUGAAUCAUUGAACAUGGUUUAAAUCUGUCAUAUAUUUAUAGCAGUAGAAUGAGAGGACAUUAAAGUGAUGUGGGGGAAAUGCACAUCCACAAAACGAUCCAGGAAUAAAUAUACUGCCAUCAUAACAAAACAAAAAUAAAAUAAGAAAGAAAACCAACCACAACAAAGUAGCAGGAUUGGAAGCACAAUAUUAAGCCAUUUUUUAUCUGCAACAGUUUUGGGCUGAAGACGUUGAUCAAAUUUUCUGCGAUUGUAACCGGAAUCAUUCCUCACCCAAGCUGAAAUUCUGUAUACAUUUUUAAUGUAUUUCCUCCUAACUAGUUAUUUGUCAGCUGGAAGGGAUGGUGCAUUCUAUUCACAGAUGAAUUAUCGUACGCAAUGAUAUUUUAAUAUGACAACCAGCAGUCGUUCAUGUCCUCUACCUGCUGUGAACGGACGUAUGAAUCACUAUCCAGCCACCCACUAUCCUUUCCUGUUUCCUCCUGUUAUUGGUGGGCUCCCUCUUCCAGCACUUCAUGGAUUUCAAGGCCAUCCUCCCACCAGCAGUUGCAGCACUCCAUCUCCAGCAACCAUCGAAACACAAAGUACCAGUUCCGAGGAGCUGGUGCCGAGUCCUCCAUCCCCUCCCCCUCCUCCUCGAGUUUACAAACCUUGUUUUGUGUGUCAGGACAAGUCAUCUGGAUAUCACUAUGGAGUCAGUGCAUGCGAGGGGUGCAAGGGCUUCUUUCGGCGGAGUAUUCAGAAGAACAUGGUUUACACGUGUCACAGGGAAAAGAACUGUGUUAUCAAUAAAGUGACACGGAAUCGCUGCCAGUACUGCAGGCUACAGAGGUGCUUUGAAGUGGGAAUGUCCAAAGAAUCAGUCAGAAAUGACAGAAACAAGAAGAAGAAAGAGCCCUUGAAACAGGAGUGCAUAGAGAACUACGAGAUGACAGCCGAGCUCGAUGACCUGACAGAGAAAAUCAGAAAAGCGCAUCAAGAAACCUUUCCCUCCUUGUGUCAGCUGGGGAAAUACACUACGAAUUCCAGCGCUGAUCACCGUGUGCGGCUAGACCUUGGGCUGUGGGACAAAUUUAGCGAACUUGCAACAAAGUGCAUUAUUAAAAUAGUGGAAUUUGCAAAGCGAUUACCCGGAUUUACCAGUUUGACCAUUGCAGAUCAGAUCACUCUACUAAAAGCAGCAUGUCUGGAUAUUUUGAUUCUUCGAAUUUGCACAAGAUACACCCCAGAGCAGGACACUAUGACUUUCUCAGAUGGCCUUACACUAAACCGAACUCAGAUGCACAACGCUGGGUUUGGUCCACUCACCGACCUCGUGUUCACAUUUGCCAACCAGCUCCUGCCCUUGGAAAUGGAUGACACAGAAACUGGCCUCCUCAGUGCCAUCUGCUUAAUCUGUGAAGACCGUCAGGAUCUUGAAGAACCGACUAAAGUGGAUAAGCUGCAGGAACCAUUACUGGAAGCACUGAAGAUUUAUAUCAGGAAGAGAAGACCCAACAAGCCCCAUAUGUUUCCAAAGAUUUUAAUGAAGAUCACAGAUCUUCGCAGUAUCAGUGCAAAAGGUGCAGAACGUGUUAUCACAUUGAAGCUGGAAAUACCUGGAUCAAUGCCACCACUCAUUCAGGAAAUGCUGGAGAACUCAGAGGGGCACGAGGCAACAGCAUCCAGUCCCAGCGAGAAGGCGGCAGAGCACAGUCACAGCAUCUCAGCCAGCUCAGACGAGGAGCAGGUCAGCACAUGUGCACAGGUGCAAUAAGGGCCGAGCCGACACUUCAGACAUUCCCAAGACAAUAUGCACACAGGGAUGAUAAGCAAGGCGCAUCUUUUCCCCCAUUGCUGGAUU